AUGGUGGCACCGGCGGCCCGAAUCUUCCUGCGGGUGGCGUGCGCGGCUCUAACUUGCACCUUGCUGGGUCUACUGUGCCUCACUGUGGGAGGCGCCCCGCGUGGCCUCGAGUCUGGUCGCCUACCCCGCGCCGACCAGCGUGUCCCCGUGGUACCCGGAUCCGGGGCGCUUUCGUUGCGAGUUGCCAGCCAGGAGAGCCUAGAGAGGACAGGAAGCCUCACUGUCACUUGGGCAGGAAGGAGCGGCAGCGCAGGUAGAUCAGGCAGAGUUGGAUCGCCAUCGGAUCCGAGGGAACCAAUUGCAGAUUGUCCUCCUUGGCCCUGGUCGCUGCACUUAG